CUCGUACGUGCCGCUGCCGGCCGCCGACGCCGCGUCUGCCGACGUUUCCGGCGCCGGCAGCAGGAGGCAGGCCCUCUGCGCGGCGGCGCUCGGGCUCCUCGCCGUGGCCGCGCUCGCCGGCGUCGUCCCCGUCCCCGGCCGCGGCGCGGUGGGAAUGCCAGAGACGGCCUCGUCGCCGAGGAGCAGCAGCAGGGGCCCCGAGGCCGGCGUGUCGGAGAAGACGUCCGGCGCAUGGGACGGCAGGAUCCGUGGCGCGGCGGCGGCGGGCGGCGGCGGGAACGCGUUCCCGUGGAGCAAUGCCAUGCUGCAGUGGCAGCGCACGGGCUUCCACUUCCAGCCGCAAAAGAACUGGAUGAACGACCCCAAUGGCCCCGUCUACUACAAGGGCUGGUACCACCUCUUCUACCAGUACAACCCCGACGCCGCCGUCUGGGGCAACAAGAUCGCGUGGGGCCACGCCGCGUCCCGCGACCUCGUCCACUGGCGCCACCUCCCGCUGGCCAUGGUCCCCGACCACUGGUACGACACCAACGGCGUCUGGACGGGCUCCGCCACCACGCUCCCCGACGGCCGCCUCGCCAUGCUCUACACCGGCUCCACCAACGCCUCCGUCCAGGUGCAGUGCCUGGCCGUCCCCGCCGACGACGCCGACCCGCUGCUCACCAACUGGACCAAGUACGAGCGCAACCCGGUGCUGUACCCGCCACGCGGCAUCGGGCCCAGGGACUUCCGCGACCCCACCACGGCGUGGCUCGACCCCUCGGACGGCGCCUGGCGCAUCGUCAUCGGCUCCAAGGACGACCACGACCACGACCACGCGGGCAUCGCCGUCGUCUACCGCUCCAGGGACCUCGUGCACUUCGACCUCCUCCCGGGCCUGCUCCACCGCGUCGUAGGCACGGGCAUGUGGGAGUGCAUCGACUUCUACCCCGUCGCCACCACCGGCGGCGUCGACAUGUCCGACACAAGUAUCGGCACGAACGACGUCCUGCACGUCAUCAAGGCCAGCAUGGACGACGACCGCCACGACUACUACGCGCUCGGCAGGUACGACGCGGCCGCCAACGCCUGGACGCCGCUGGACGCCGCCAGGGACGUCGGCCUCGGCCUGCGCUACGACUGGGGCAACUUCUACGCGUCCAAGACCUUCUACGACCCGGCCAAGCGCCGCCGCGUGCUGUGGGGGUGGGUCGGCGAGGCCGACUCGGAGCGUGCCGACGUGUCCAAGGGCUGGGCGUCGCUGCAGGGCGUCCCGCGGACGGUGCUGCUGGACACCAAGACGGGCGCCAACCUGCUGCAGUGGCCCGUGGAGGAGGUGGAGACGCUGCGCGCCAACUCCACCGACCUCAGCGGCAUCACCGUCGACCACGGCUCCGUGUUCCCGCUCGACCUCCGCCGCGCCACGCAGCUGGACAUCGAGGCGGAGUUCCAGCUGGACCGCCGCGCCAUCGCCGCGGCGCUGGACGACGACGUGGGCUACAGCUGCAGCACCAGCGGGGGCGCCGCGGCGCGGGGCGCGCUGGGCCCCUUCGGCCUGCUCGUCCUCGCCGACCGCCGCCGCCGCGGCGAGCAGACGGCCGUCUACUUCUACGUGGACGGCUCCCUCGCCACACACUUCUGCCAGGACGAGUCCCGCUCCUCCCGCGCCAACGACGUCGUCGGCAGCGCCGUCCCCGUGCUGGAGGACGAGGCCACGCUCUCGCUGCGGGUGCUCGUCGACCACUCCAUCGUCGAGAGCUUCGCGCAGGGCGGAAGGUCCACCGCCACCUCGCGCGUCUAUAGCUAG